AUGUCAACGUAUAAAAAGGAAGAUCCAUGCACGAGUCCGACCAUCAAACUCAUCGCAUUCAACAAGCAAGAAAAAUCAAAGCAUCAGCAGGCAAAAAUGACACCAGGGUUUCGGUUGUGCCCGCUUCUACUCACGCUGGCUUUAACCUCAUUGGAGCACACGGGAGCCUAUCCGACGAUUCCGCUCUCCAGCUUCUUCACAAACGCCGUGCUCAGAGCGCAGCACCUGCACCAGCUCGCCGCAGACAUUUACCGGGACUUCGAACGCACCUAUGUCCCAGAUGAGCAACGCCAUUCCAGCAAAAACUCCCCCUCAGCUUUUUGCUACUCAGAGACAAUCCCAGCACCUACAGGCAAAGAUGAAGCUCAGCAGAGAUCUGAUGUGGAGCUCCUUCGGUUCUCUUUGGCUCUCAUCCAGUCUUGGAUCGGCCCCCUGGGCUCUCUGAGCCGCGUCUUCACCAACAGUCUCGUCUUCAGCACCUCCGAUCGACUCUUUGAGAAGCUGAAGGACCUCGAGGAAGGCAUCAUGGUCCUCUUGAAGGAACUCGAAGACGUGGGUUUCAGAGGCUCCCCUUUGCUCCGACUCACCUACGACAAAUUUGAUGUCAACCUCCGGAGCGACGAUUCUUUGAUGAAAAAUUAUGGGCUGCUGGCUUGUUUCAAGAAAGACAUGCACAAAGUGGAGACGUACCUGAAGCUCAUGAAGUGCCGGCGCUUUGUCGAGAGUAACUGCACGCUGUAGGAGGAGAUGCGCGCGCACGUCUACUCACCGUUAUUCUUAUUUUUUGGGCAAGAAAGACACGAGUGACGAGAAUGAUAUUUACUUUCAUGUUAAUGUACCUUUUACAAUAGAAUAUGUUUGUUUUUUUAAAUCUGUAUAUAUGUCAUAGUGUUUAAGAAUGGUGGAAGUAAAAUGCACCGUUUGAAUUUUUCAUUAACACUAAGCGCUGUGCUCAAAGACGCAAAUAUUUCAUUUACGGUUUUCAAUAAAGCAUAUGUUAUAAACUCCA